AAUUUCUUUCCAAUAAUCAGCUUCUUCCCAAAUUGGUUAAUGAGUAUUUUUAAAGCCUUGCUAAAUUAAAGAAAUCCAAUUUUUGCACUAGUAUUUUGUACAUGGGUUCAGAGAGACUCUGUGGGGUAUCUAGAAAGGUUCUACACAUAAAUUGGAUCUAAUUGCCCAAAGAGUUACUGGAGUUUUCUUUAAUCAGAAUGGGAAUAUGGAUAAGCUGAGGUCUUACAGAUCUGUGGUACUUAAGGGAGAAAAUUAGCUCGUGUCUCAUAGCUGUUAGGUGAUAGAGGGAAAGGCAAAGUAGAGUUGUGAAACUUGUUGGUUACAUUCUUUUCUCCUCCUGUAGAUUCAUAGUGUUUCCUUCUGAUAGAUCAUCUUGCCUAUGUUGUAAAGCUCUUUGGCUGAGAUGGAUGACAAAGAUACUAACAAAGAACUGAGGCAGAAAUUAAACUUUUCCUGUGUUGAAGAAGAGACUGAGAAUGAAGGGCAGAAGGAAGCACAAGAGAGCAGCGAGGCCCAAACUCCAGAGAACCAAACUCCAGAGAAGAGUGAAGCUCAGGACUUGGAGGCAAAGCUCACACCACCCAGGACUCCCUUUUCUGGACGUGAACUUGACACAUCUCAGGAAAAAGAUAAAGAAAGUCCAGAGCAGAUUUUGAAGACUCCAGAGUCCCACCCUCUCACAUGUCCUGAGACACCAGGCCAACCAGAUAAAAGGAGCAAGCUGCCACAUGGUGACAGCCCCUCUACUCCCAAAAGCACACUGAGCCACUUGGCAAUUUCUCCAGCAGGGAAGCUUACUUCCAAAGGCUCUAAGCAUUUGAAGCUCACACCUGUUCCCCUCAGGAAUGAGAUGGCCUCAUUGGCUCUGGUCAAUAUUAAUCCCUUCACUCCAGAGUCCUAUAGAAAAUUACUCCUUCAAUCCAGCGGCAAGAGGAAAAUCCGAGGAGAUCUUGAGGAAUCUGGUCCAGAGGAAUCCAAGGACGAACAAGGGCUGCCUGCCAAGAGAUGUGUUCUACGAGAAACCAACAUGGCUUCCCGCUAUGAAAAAGAAUUCUUGGAGGUAGAAAAAAUUGGGGUUGGUGAAUUUGGUACAGUCUACAAGUGCAUUAAGAGGCUGGAUGGAUGUGUUUAUGCAAUAAAGCGCUCUAUGAAAUCUUUUGCAGAAUUAUCAAAUGAGAAUUUGGCUUUGCAUGAAGUUUAUGCUCAUGCAGUGCUUGGUCAUCACCCCCACGUGGUGCGUUACUACUCCUCAUGGGCAGAAGACGACCACAUGAUCAUUCAGAAUGAAUACUGCAAUGGUGGGAGCUUGCAAGGUGCUAUAGCUGAAAACGCCAAGUCUGGUAAUCAUUUCCAAGAGCCAAAACUCAAGGAUAUACUUCUACAGAUUUCUCUCGGACUUAAGUAUAUCCACAAAGCUGGCAUGGUGCACAUGGACAUUAAACCCAGUAACAUCUUCAUUUGCCACAGGAUGCAAGGUGACUCCCCUGGAGUCUUAGAAGAAGCUGAAAAUGAAGCUGAUUGGUUUCUGUCUGCCAAUGUGAUAUACAAAAUUGGUGACCUGGGUCAUGUGACAUCAAUAAGCGAACCCAAAGUAGAAGAAGGAGACAGUCGCUUCCUGGCUAAGGAGAUUUUGCAAGAGGAUUAUCAGCACCUUCCCAAAGCAGACAUAUUUGCCUUGGGAUUAACAAUUGCAAUGGCUGCAGGAGCUGAGUCAUUACCCACCAAUGGUGAUGCAUGGCACCGUAUCCGAGAGGGUAAUUUUCCCGACAUUCCUCAGGAACUCUCAAAAGACUUUCACAGUCUGCUCAAGAAUAUGAUCCACCCUGAUCCAGGAGAGAGACCUUCUGCAGUAGCUCUGUCUAGAAGUCGAGUUCUCCGGCCCUCCCUGGGGAAAGCUGAAGAGCUCCAGGAGCAGCUGAAUUUGGAAAAAUUCAAGACAGCCACACUGGAAAGGGAACUGAGAGAAGUCCAGCAGGCCCAGUCCCCUCAGGGAGACAUCCACCCUGGGGGCUCUGAGGCCCACACAGGAUCAAGAAGCACGAAACGCCUGGUGGGAGGAAAGAGUGCGAAGUCUUCAAGCUUUACCUGUGAGUAAUCUUCCCCUUAAGAAUUCAUUUCACACCAACUGACCUCUUACUGCAGAGCCUCCAGAAAUAGGUAUUUACUGUCCCAACCUCUCCUUUAUAAAAUGAAAAAAUUAAGCAACUUGAAUGCCCAAAGCUUUCAAAAGCCACUCCUAAUUUAUCAUGUACAGCCAAGAUCUUAAAGCUAGUAAGGCUUUGUAUUAGCAAUGGUCCCAGGUACAAUACUUGGUAGUUAUUUCUCUUCCUUAUUGUUAUAUUCCUAAUGCUACCUAUCAACAAUUCAUUUACUUCUCACAUUUUUUUUUUUUUUUUUUUUGAUGAAACAGGGGGGGAGCACGACCCUCUGAAUUGAAAGAAGAAAGGGAAACUGUCCUUGGUUUGGCCUAUGGAUUAAGAGGUUGCUGUUGGCAAUUUCCCCACCAAGGACCCCAAGGCCUCUAUCUGUAAAUAGAAGGGAAUAAAAUUUGGUUUUGAGUUAAAGUUACAGCUUACAAGAAAAUGUACCUGGAUUCAAACAGUGCUUCCCAGGUUAUAUGAUGCUAUCCCUAAAAGAAUUCCCAGUCCCUUUGAGAAAGUGGCUUUCUUAAUGUAUAUAUGCCCUUUCUCUGGUAUCAUAUUUAUUAAAUAAAUGGCUUCACUAUUAUGUGAGGUGGGUAAAAGUAAACCUGUAUAUAAUGUGAACAUUUCUGAGCUGGUUAACUUCUAGAACAGAAAUACUAGAGGCAGAGGGUUCAAAGAAAAUUUUACGUGGCUGUUCUCCCUCAGUCUAUUUGCCCUGACCCUCUCGUGGCUGUUCUGAUUGGUUUUGAUAUUCUGGGUACUGCCAAUUUAUCUUGACUUUAUCAGAAUUUGGCUUUAUUUCCUGCCAUUUUAUCACAUUUUAUCCAAAUUCUUUUUCUGUAUACAUUCUUAAAGGAAUAGAAUACUGUAUUUUUAAAUAAAGGUUUUUAUCUUGUUCAAAGCUGAAUAAUGGGUAAAGCACUCUUCUUUAUCAUAUGUAACUAACAAAGAAUGAGAAAUUUGUUGGAAAACACUUUAUGAAUAAAUGGAUAAGAGAAUUUAGUUGGUUUUAGUAACAUGUCUUGGCAGCAAGGCCCAGCUUCACAGGUCCAAAAGUUAAUAACAGUCAGGCUCUGCUAUAAAAUAAUGCCAAUCACAAAGGCAUUUGAUAAAUUCUGUUUGUGCCAUCCUAAUGAAUGUAAACUGUUAAUGAUUAAUGGCUCUUUUUGCUGCCUGAUUUUCUUAUUUUCCCCUCAUUUUUAAAAGCUAAUUAUGUUUUUUUAAUUGAAUAAACCAUCAUAUUAUUCCUUGUUCUGCUUUGGAAUAGCAGUUUUUUCUGUGAAAUUAAGUGUCAUGUAGUUCUUCCUAUAUUACAUUGCCACUUUAAUUUACUAGUCUUUAUUCAAAAUUUAAAAAUGGGGUUAUUUUAUCUCUUGCUACCUCACCCCCAACCCCAGGCCAUGUAUCUUGCAGUAUACUGCAAGGUCAACCACAAUUUGUAAUUUAGAAACAGGUACUUUAUUAAGUAUAUGCAAUGUAUGAAUCAGAAUUCUUUGGUUAUGCCUGUAUUCUCAGGCAUUGACAACUACAGCUAUUUUGGACUACAACCCCUUCCCUACUGUGUUCCUUGGAGCCUAGCUUCACAUCUGAAUGGACCUAGUGCCAGAUUAUUUCUCUCUGUCUCUGUCUUUCUCUCCUGGGCUCCAUAGUAACAGGAAGUCACCAAAAUAGCAUGCAUCUGUAUAGAUACUAUUGAGUGUGAGAGGGACCAAGUGUUUACUGGGUUCUGCAUUUUAUCUCUUCCAUUUCAGUUAGACAUUUAUUCCUUGCCUCAGUUUUGUCUCUGCACAGAGAUCAUGAUAUAACUCAAACUAAUUAUCAAACCUAUUUCACUAACAUCACUGGACUAGCAACAUUAAAUAAGUUAAAUUUAAAUACUUUAGGAAACAAAUAUUACUUCCCUAUAUAUGUAUCCUAAACACAAACACUGAAAUUAAGGUGCCAACAGGCAAUCUUGAGACUUAGAAGAAAUACUAUCGUACUCUACUGGUUUAAGCUCUAAUAUAUGUACCAAUUUAUAGAGGUCAUUUAUCUAAAACUAUGGAAAGAUGAAUAUUGAAAGACAGAUGUCAAUCUUUCAGCUUGAACAACUAAGCCUUUUUAUCUCUAGAUGAACCACAAUUUCAAUCUUGAAUUACAUAAAAAUCGUCAGAUUUAUUUUUAAAAUUAGAAAGCUAUAAUAACUCUGAAAUAUUGCUAAAAUCACUUUUGAUUCACUUUAAAAUACAUGCUAGUAAUCAGUUUAGGUAGUAAGUGCUGUAAUUUUCUGCCAGUUAUUAUGAGGCUUUAAAAAAAGUGUUUUAGAAGCAAAGUAAAAACUUGAUUAAAAUUUCCAAAAAAAAAUUUUUUUUAACAGCAAAACUGCCCAAAGCUUCCUAGUUGUGUGAUAAAGCACUAUUAAUUUUGUUCUCUACCACUGGAUACGUAUAGCUGAAACCCUUUUAUUUUAGGUGGAAAUAAAAGGGUGAGGCCAAAGGUAACUUUGCAGCCUUGGGCAUGUAUGAUGUACAUUUCUCUUUCUCAGUAAGCUUUGCAAAUGACAAAAACCCUGAGUUCACUAUUGCCAGGGAUUAAAGCUGAGGAAAGCCACAGGGCUACCUGUCACUACUUCUCAGUAUUGGGAAGGCCCUCUCUGGAUCCAUGGAUGAACUAUGGAAAGUCCAUGAUUGUGUUAGAGAGAAAGACAGAGAGACAGAGAGUAUGUAUGUAUGCUACAGAGAGGUUUCAGGGCAUCCUCAUGAAAAUGCAAACUUUAGAUUUCUGAAGGGGUAUCUCUGAUACAAAAAUACAUUUGAAUCACUCUUCCAGAUCCUUGAUUUUUUUAAAAAAAAAAUCUUUUAAUUUUAGGCCUAUUUAAGCAUCUUUCUGGAUUCUAUUUUUCUUGCUAUUUCUGUGCUCUGGCCUGUGAACUGGGCCCUUCUAAAGCCUGUCCUUGUUUUUAAAGCAUACUGUGAAUUGAAUAUUCACACGUUCCCUGUCCCCUAAAAGCUCACAAUCAAUGGGAGAGAUGAGACAUCUUCAUGAUCAUUUAAAUAAUAAUACAACACAGACUGAGUGUGUAAAGAACAUGAAAUGGGAGAACAGAUUUUGAAAGUGUGGUGGGGGGAGGACAUUUCAGAUUGUGAGGACAGUGAGAGUGAAGCUGAAGCAUUAGUUGUAUUAGGAAGAUAUUAACUAUCAAAUACUAUCUACUAUUUGAUAGAAGAAAAUGUUUUUGCUUAGUUCCUCUGUGACAUUAUACAUUUAAAAAUUUUUGUACAC